UCACGUGAUUCCCAUUUGAAGAAGCACGUGAUAAUAUGACGCGGCCUCAGCCGCCCAGUGUGUAGCUGUUUCCCGGGCCGUGGAACGCAAUGUCCUGGGCACCUGUGCCCAAACCCGGGACCCUGAUCCUCCCCGAAUGGCAGCAGUCCCCGGAGGGCCGGGAGUACGUCACCUGCAUCCUGCGCAAGCGGACGCGGAGAAUGUUCGGGCUGAUCGAGAGGCCGGUCCUCCCUCCGCAGCUCCCCACUGAUGUGGCCGCCUACAAGAUCUUUGUCUCUGGGAAAAGUGGUGUUGGGAAAACGGCUCUUAUUGCCAAGCUGUGCGGGCUGGAGGUUCCCACAAUGCACCACGAGACGACAGGAAUCCAGACGACCUGCGUACACUGGCCGGCGCGGCCCCGAGACAGCGAACGUCCCAUCAUCUUUUCCUUCCAGUUCUGGGACUCCGGAGAGUCUGCACUUAGGAAGUUUGACCACAUUCUGCCAGCGUGUAAAGAGAGAGCAGAUGCCGUCCUCUUCCUCUUCUCCUUCACUGACCGCUCGUCAUUCGAGGACGUCCCAGCUAUGAUUUCCCGGACUCUGAGUCAGGAGGAGAACCUGGCCCGGGUUGUGGUUGGCACCAAGCUGGACCAGUUCAUGCACACAGAUGUCACGGAACAGGACAUCAGCGACUUUCAGCAGACGUGGCAGCUGCCCGUGAUGCGGGUGAGGAGCGUCAAUGGACCCCGGCUCAGUGAUGGGCGCAGUCUGGAUGGACGGGCGGAGCUGGCGGAUGCGGCUCCAGUGCUGAAUGGACUGGCGGAGGUGCUCUGGCACAGGGACCAGGUGAUUGCUGGACUAUUGGGUACUGGAGAGUAAGUAUGGACACAUGGGUCAGGAGCCGCCCGGUCAGGAUGAGGAUGAAGGACAUACAGUAUAUACGAGGUUAUUACUCUGCUAUAAUGCUUCAUAUUUAUUAUGAGUUACUGGACAUUAUUUAUUUCACUGACUGAUCCCCUCUGGGGAAUUUCUAUUUUUGUUUUAUGUCUUCAAGAAAUUUAAAUAAAAACAAUGUGCAAAAUACAUAA